GUUGCUUUGAUUGCGGAAGUGUACAGAUGCUGUUGGUUGUAGGCGCAGCUCACUAACAAUUAGCCUUAGGGCCGUAAUUUGACCGUGUUUAUUAUCCACUUGUAUGUAGUUCUGUGGGAGCUUCGGGUUCAGGUUCACGGCUCGAUCAGUCUUACAGGUUGAGCCAUCGUGAUGGCCGAUCACACUGAUGUCAGCCUGCAGCCGGAGGAGCGCGUCCGCGCCCUGACCAAGAAGGGCAGCUCGGUGGAGAUUAAUGACGACAUGCCCCCACGCCGCUACUUCCGCUCAGGCAUGGAGAUGAUCCGCAUGGCUAACAUCUACACGGAGGAGGGCAACAUCGAGCAUGCCUUUGUCCUUUACAAUAAAUAUAUUACGCUCUUUAUAGAAAAACUUCCCAAGCAUCGGGAUUACAAGACAGCCAACAUUCCUGAGAAAAAGGACACACUAAAGCAAACUUGUUUCAUCAUCAAAAAGAUCGAUACAUUUAAUGUCGCAGUUUAAAAAAAGGGCCAAAAAGAGAAACCACGGCUGAAACUAAGCCAGUAUGUGAUGUGUUUGCUACAUGCUCAGAAAGAGGAGGAGGAGGUGUUGGCGCGGCAGCAGUCCAAGCAGCGAGCGCUGGACGCAGAGCGGGAACGUGUGGCUGAGAUGCAGCGGCGGCAGCGGGAGCAGGAGCAGUUCAGUGCCUUUGAGGAGAUGAUCCGCCGCCAAGAGUUGGAGAAGGAGCGCCAACGAGUGCUUCUGGAGUUCGCCACUCCGGCUGAGCCUUCCUCUGACACACCCCUCAUCCCAGGCAUCCAGGGCCCCCCGUUAGUCUCCCCUACCUUUCCUCAGAUCCCAGGAGAACUGUCCAACCACCAACAUAACCGCCCUCCCACAUCCAUCGGCACACCCACCACCGGCCCGCCCAGCUUUGACCGCUCACUCAAGCCAGGGUCUCUGGUCAGCCCGGGGAAUAACAAUACAAUGGUGGAUGCCCUUCGGCAGUUGGCUGUUCCCGCUGAGUUGUGCCGGAGCUUUCUGCGGUUGGCUGAGGCCAACACAAGCAGAGCUGUAGAAACUUGUGGCAUCCUAUGUGGCAAACUGGUAAGAAGCUGGAACGGUUUUGGCUCACAAGAAUAAGUCCUCGUGGCUACCACUGGUCCUGUUCUGCUGUGUGAUGAGCACUGAAGUAAACUGAGGUCUGUCCUGUGUGUUUCCCAGACUCACCCCACACAGACAGCCUUCCUGUCCAGCGUAGACCUCCACACGCACUGCUCCUACCAGAUCAUGCUGCCAGAGGCCAUCGCGAUAGUCUGCUCGCCUAAAUUCAACGAAAUUGGCUACUUCAGACUGACAGAUCGGGGAACAGAUGAGAUUUCCACAUGUAAACAGAAAGGGUUUCAUCCUCACAGCAAAGAGCCACCUCUAUUUACACACGCCGGACAUGUCACCAUCACUGAUGGCACCGUGUCCAUGAUGGAUUUGCGGUGAUCUCUUUCCUCUUUUUCAC